CGCAGCGGAGCCCGAGCGGGUUGGCGGCCCGGCCAGCGUCUGUCUGCCGCCCUGCUGCACAGCACCCGCCCCGGCACUUUGUUGGUGCUCAUUUCUCCACCAGAAAUUAGCGUCCCCUCAUUCCUGUCCAUCUCGGCCUGGUCAGCGUCAGGCGCGGAGACCUGCUGAUGUCGCUUUUCGGGAUCACCUUUUACCUUCGUGUUCUUCCUGAGGAACUGCCUGGUCUGGGAGACAGAGGGCCGGGACGCAUUUAGCUGCAGUCUUUUGGAGAAGAGUUCCAGUUACACAGGCUUGCCAUGCAAUUGACAUAUACUGUUAAGAUGAAAUGCAGAAAUGAAAACUACACAUCCAUUUUUUUAGACUCAAAUUUGAUUACAUGUACUGUGCUUUGUCUUUAUGCAACUGACCUAUAAGAAAUUAAGAAGAUAAUAGUUAAACAGCUAGUAUUGGCAACCUUGACAUUUCAUGGAUUAACUGAAAAACUAUAAGAAGAUUUUUUUUUAAUGGCAUAUUCACACCUCAUUCUUCCUAUAGUCAUACACGUUUCUCCCUUCAAAAGCUUUGUCAUCAGACACCAAUUCUCCCAAAAUGGCAAAUAAUCUACCCACAGAGUUUGAUGUGGUUAUAAUAGGAACAGGUUUGCCUGAAUCCAUCCUUGCAGCAGCAUGUUCAAGAAAUGGUCAGAGGGUUUUGCAUAUUGAUUCAAAAGGUUAUUAUGGAGGAAACUGGGCUAGUUUCAACUUUCCAGAAUUGCUAUCCUGGUUGAGGGAGUAUCAGCAAAACAGGGACAAUGAAGAAGAAAAUACCGUGUGGCAGGACCUGAUCCAUGAAACAGAAGACGCCAUAGCUCUUUGCAAGAAGGACAAAACAAUUCUACACACAGAAGUUUUUUGUUAUGCCAGUCAGAAUACAGAUGACAAUGUUGAAGAGAUUCUUGCUUUACAAAGAAAUGCUUCUCCUGAGGCAUCUAGCAUCAUUACUAAACCUUUGGGUUCUGCAUCCUUAUCUGAAGAAACACAGUCAGAAAACAUCAUGAGCUACAAGAUACAUACAGGAGAGGAUAUGGAAAACAAUGGAGAAACUUGCCCAGAAGUAACUCAUGUUGAGGAAACCCUGGCAAAAGAAAUGUAUUGUGGAGAUAACACUUGUAAACAUACAUUUUCAGAUGAAGCUAAAGAUGUAAACGAACCUACUGACAAACCAAAGAGGAAUCUAAUUAAAUACUCUGAUAUAAUUAAGGAAGGUAGGAGGUUUAAUAUUGAUUUGGUAUCAAAGCUGCUGUAUUCUCAAGGAUUGCUAAUUGAUCUUUUAAUAAGAUCAAAUGUUUGCCAGUAUGCAGAAUUUAAAAAUGUAACUAGAAUUCUUUCAUAUCAUGAAGGAAAAGUUGAGCAGGUGCCUUGUUCCAGAGCAGAUGUUUUUAAUAACAAAAAACUCACUAUGAUUGAAAAGAGAAUGCUAAUGAAAUUUCUCACAUUUUGUUUAGACUAUGAACAGCAUCCUGAUGAAUAUCAAGCUUUCAUUCAAUGUUCAUUUUCAGACUACUUAAAAACUAAGAAAUUAACCCCUAAUCUCCAACAUUUUAUACUACACUCAAUUGCUAUGACACCAGAGGCAUCUUGCUCUACAGUAGAUGGUCUCAAAGCAACAAAAAUGUUCCUUCAGUGUCUUGGACGAUUUGGCAACACUCCCUUUUUGUUUCCCGUGUACGGCCAAGGAGAAAUUUCCCAGUGUUUCUGCAGGAUGAGUGCAGUUUUUGGUGGAAUCUAUUGUCUUCGCCAUAAAGCACAAUGCCUUGUGGUUGACAAAGAAUCUGGAAGAUGUAAAGCAAUUAUAGAUCAGUUUGGUCAAAGAAUAAGUGCAAAAUAUUUUAUUGUGGAGGAUAGUUAUUUUUCUGAGGAAACAUGCUCAAAUAUACAGUAUAAACAGAUUUCCAGAGCUGUGCUCAUUACAGAUGAGUCUAUUCUAAAGACCGAUUCAGAUCAGCAGAUUUCCAUUUUGGUAGUACCACCAGUGGAACAAACAUCUUGUGCUGUUCGGGUCACUGAAUUAUGUUCUUCAACCAUGACCUGCAUGAAAGGUACCUAUUUGGUACAUUUGACUUGCUCAUCUUCUAAAACAGCUAAAGAAGACUUAGAAUCAGUGGUAAAAAAAUUAUUUACCCCAUAUUCGGAAACAGAGAUAGAUCAGGAAGAAUUUACAAAGCCUAGAGUCUUCUGGGCACUUUAUUUUAAUAUGCGAGAUUCUACUGGAAUAAUCAGAAGCUUAUAUAAUGGCUUACCUUCCAAUGUUUAUGUUUGCUCUGGACCUGACUGUGGGCUGGGAAGUGAACAUGCAGUCAAGCAAGCUGAAACACUUUUUCAGGAGAUCUUCCCAGGUGAAGAAUUUUGCCCUCCACCUCCAAAUCCAGAAGACAUUAUUUUUUGAUGGAAAGUAACCACAGACUUCUGGAAUCAAAUUAGAACUGCUAUUGGUUCUAAUUAGAACAGCUAUUGGUUCUAAUUUGGCUUCCAAUUUAGAGUCAUUUGGGGGAGGCCAAAGUCUAGAAAACCCAGAGAAAAAACUUCAGAAAGUAUAAAAACUUACAGGUAUUUUGAAAUUAGAAAAAAAAUUGGGGGCCUUAUCUGGAAUCAGGUAGUCUCUUGAAGCAGAGUUUCCUAGAAGAACCAUUAGAAGUGAUAUUAUAGUAUAUUCCCACAGAUACAUGUCUUUAUUUCUCUUUGAGAUGUUCAGUCGUUUAUUUUUGCUGGCCUGUCAGAACUGAUUUCUUAGUUAUCGAACCUUUUUUUGUUUGGGCUCCAUGAUAAGAAUUUUAAAUGGAAUUAGCCUUUAGUAUUGGUAUAUAUGUGAAGGGUCUUGUUAGCAAUUGUAUUCAAGAAAGGUAUUACAUCUGCUAAUGAUCUUCAGCUACUAACAUUGUUUUCAGAAAAAAUUAUACUUAAGGAAUAUUUUACUUUGACUGCUAUUAAAAUUGCUACCACCUUUUGUGAAAUAUACACAAGUAUAAAUUCUGUGGGUCUUUUGUAUAUAAUCUGAACUUAGAGAAGUGCUACAGUAAUAACUAAUGCAAGUGCCAUUAUGAUAAAACAGCUUAUAAUCAUUAAAAUGUUAUC